AUGCCUAAGGACAUUGAGCACCGAGAUGGCCAACACGAGGCGGACGCGGGACACGACGUUCGAGAAACAGACGGCCGUGACGGGGCACCGGCAAACGCAGAGGCAGAUGUGAAGAGGGAGGACGAGGAUUCGAGAGAAGGCGAGGGCGAGGGCGAGGGCGAGGGCGAGGGUCAUGAUGAACGGGCCCCGAAGCCGACAUGGCGCAGGGUCAUUGGUUUUGUCCUGGCGCAAUGGCUCAUCAUUGGCUUCGGCCUCACGUGCUUGUUUGCAUACUUCUGGCCCCACGUCGCGGCCAAGGGCGGGCCCAUCCGCUCCGAGUACAGCAUCAUCUACGGCGCCAUCGCCGUCGUCUUCCUCAUCAGCGGCCUUCAGCUCUCGCCCGUCAAGCUGCGCGAACACGCGACCAACUGGCGCCUUCACCUGCUCGUGCAGGGCAUCUCGUUUGUUGCCAUCCCCGUCGUGCUGCUGAUCGUGCUGCACGUCUCGGUCGCCGCCGGCGCCCUGCGUGACCGCGUGCUCGACACGAGCGUCUUUGUCGGCAUGCUGGUGACGGCGUGCCUGCCGACGACCAUUGCCUCCAACGUUGUCAUGACGCGCGCUGCCGGCGGCGACGAGGCGGCGGCCAUCAUCGAGGUCGUUCUCGGCAACGUGCUCGGCGCCUUCCUCUCGCCGGCACUCAUCUUCGCAUUCCUCCCCAAGACGGCGCCCUUUGCGCCCUGGCAGCCCGCGAGCCCGUCGACGCUGGGCCCCAUGUACGCCGGCGUCCUGCGCCAGCUGGGCCUCACGGUGCUGCUGCCGCUGGCCGCCGGCCAGAUCAUCCGCCGCUUCUUCGACGGGCCCGUCUCCUGGGCGCUCCGCGUCCUCCGCCUCGCCAAGCUAUCGGGUGUCUGCCUCGUGCUCCUCAUCUGGACGACCUUCUCCGGCGCCUUCCACACCGGCGCCCUGCAGGACACGCCGCCCGCGAGCAUCAUCUUUACCGUCUUCAUGAACCUCGCCCUGUACGCCCUCUUCACCAUACUGUGCUUCUUCGCCGCGCGGCCGCCCCUCGCUCUGGCGCGGCCCGUCAAUGCCCGCGUCGCUGACGGACGCUUCUGCCCGCGGUUCCUGCGGCGCGCGCUGCGCGUGCGGCGCAUGCCGCGUGAUCAGACGGUCGCCAUUUGCUUCUGCGGCGCCGCCAAGACGACGAGCCUCGGCAUCCCGCUGGUGGCCGCCAUGUGGCGGGACGCCGACGACCUGACCAUGGCACUGAUCCAGGUUCCCCUGCUGCUGUACACGAUUGAACAGGUGUUCGUUGCGCAGGGGCUGGUGUACUUCUUCCGUUGGUACCUGGACAGGCCACCUGCUGAAGGGGAGGCGAACGAUGCGGAGAAGCAGCAAGGGUGCGGAGGAAGGUGA